AUGAAGCUCUGCCGAGCUCCCGCAAGGACGGGAAAAAAAAAUAAAUUUUUUUGCUCCCCCAUCCUGAGGGCUGAGCCAGGUUGGGGAUCAUUCACACGCACCGGGCUGCGCCUCUGCCGCUCCGAGGAGCCGAGCCCGCCCCGCACUGCGCUGCGCCUCUCCCCUCUGUCCCCUGUGCAUCCUCCGCGGGCUGGGCGGGAGCUUCACGGGCUCCAGACCGGCCGGGCCGGGGUGGCACCUCCCGCCCUUUCCCUUCAAUCCCUAAAUCCCGAAAGGAUCCAGGUUAACGGAUGGACACGGAGAGGCCACCGCGGAGCGGAGGGGAGCGGGUCGGGCCGGGCUGCCUCUGUCCGCUCCGGGCUGGCCGGUGCCGGGCCACUCCCGCUCCUCGCCGCGGGGCUGGCGGCCCCGCCGUGUCCCGAGAUGAUUGAUGGCCCGUUAGGGAGGUGGCUGCCGUCAGCCGGGCCGGUUUCCCUCCAGCCGAGAGCCGGUGCGCAGAAGCAGUUCCCGUGUCUGUCUGUCUGUCUGUCUGUCUGUCUGUCCGCUGCUGGCCUGAGCUGCGUGUUACCUCCGUCCGUCCCUAUCCCUUUCCUCAGCUUCCAGCCAAAUAAAGGGAGAGAGGAAAAAAGCAGCCCAGGAAGUGUAAAGUGGAAAGCGACCCUCUUCCUAUUUGACGACAGCGCCAAUUCCUCCGGGAUCCCACCUGAGAUUAAAGCCCGAAUUUCAAUAAAUCAGCUCUAAUGAAACCUCUGGCCCCGAAGAGGGAAGAGUUUGCCUUUCCCGCUCCGAAAUGAGCACAGAAACCAUGGGCGGGGGGUGGGGAGAAGAAGGAGUAAAUAUAGAAGGGGGUGUGAGAUUUUAAUCCCAGUGGGCUCAUUAGCAUCGUUAUGAACUAAACCAUACACGAAGUGAUGUAUUUUAUCGUUCAUCCCUCUUUUUUGUUACACUGAAAUAAUCACAUUGUUUUUGCCAACAAUCUAGCAAGGCUACACUUUCCUCCUGCUUUCAAUUUUGAUUACUAAAUCUCAAAUGAUGUUGAAUAUGCAGUUCUCGCCCAUUAGUUUCUUGUUUAAAAAAAUAA